AAUACCCUGUAGGCUGUAGUUGGAUGCUCGGGUUUUCUGCCACAACUCUUAUGUGGUGACGUCCAGCACUGCUUGUCUUCUUUGCAAACUGACUGCAGGAGAAAACAGAACAGCUUUAAAAUAGGCUACAUACUGUAGAGGAAUAAGUGCUUCCAUAAAAAGGAGAAGUAAAGAACAAAAGUAAAAGGCGAAGCUAGUGAUAGGGCAAGAAUUUAGAUAUUUAAAAAGCUUGAAGUUUCACCACCUCAAAUUCAUCAAAAUGGCAACCAUGGAAGCACUGGAAUCAUCUAGUGCCCUGCUGGAGCCUCAAACCUUGACUGAAAUCUCAGACGAUGAGAUCAAUCUUCCACCUUCUGAUGAAGAAGACAAUGCCAUUGCUGCCACCAAGAAAGAUCUGCAUGCCAUGGGCACAGAAGGAGAAACAAACGAAGACAAGGAUGAGGCACAGAUGUCAGACCCUCAGGUAAACGGGGUGAUGGUCCUAUCAUUGCUUGACAAGAUAAUCGGAGCAGUGGACCAAAUCCAGCAGACCCAGAGUGGGCUUGAGACCAGACAGCAGGAAAUGGAACGCACAGUGACCAAUAUUCAAGGCGAGCUGACAAAACUGUGCAAAAACCACAGCACUACAUCCAACAGCGUCAACAAGAUGAUGGAGAAGGUGCGCAAAGUGAGCGUCAAUGUCAAGACUGUCAAAGCCACGCUGGAGAAACAAGGCGGCCAGAUAAAGAAGCUGGAAAACAAUGAGGCAGAGCUCCUGAAGAGGCGUAACUUUAAAGUCAUGGUUUACCAGGAUGAAGUGAAGGUUGCCUCAAAACUCAGCAUCUCCAAGUCCUUGAGAGUUUCCGAGUCUGUAUCAGGCAGCAGAGGAGGUAGUCUGUUAGAGCUCAAAGAAGCUGUGGAGGAACCUGGGGAAACAGGAGUAGAGGUUGACAAGGAGGACAAGCCCCAUGUAGAUCUUUCCUCAGAUGAAGAGGAGGUAGAAAUUGAAGACACCAUCGAGGAGACCCGAGCUGAACGCAUCAAGCGCAGCAGCAUGCAACGGGUGCAUAACCUGAAGACUGUCUUCUCCAAGGAGAAGAUGGAUAAGACCAGAGCAAAGACCAAAGAGAACCUGGAGAAGACCAGACAAAAAACCAAGGAGAACAUUGAAAAGACAAAGCAGAAGACAAAGGAGAACCUGGAGAAGACCAGACAAAAAACAAAGGAAAACAUUGAGAAGACAAAGCAGAAAACAAAGGAGAAUCUGGAGAAGACACGUCACAACAUUGAAAAGAAGAUGGGAAAACUUGGGACACGCAUGAGUGUGAACCCUGAGCGAAAACAGAAGAUUAAAACAUCUGGUGACAAGAUGAAGAAGGCCUUCACACCAGACCACGUUGUUUAUGCCCGGUCUAAAACUGCCAUCUAUAAGGUGCCCCCAUUCACAUUCCAUGUGAAGAAGAUCCGUGAGGGUGAAGUUGAGGUCGUUCAAGGAACCGAAAUGGUGGAGGUGUCAAGAGAAGUAGAGCCAAUAGAGGGGGAGGAUGUGGAAGUAGACAACGCUGAGGUGGAUGUUGAGAUGGAGAUGGUGAAUAGAGGUGGGGAGGAAGAAGACGUUGAUGAGAAUGAAGAAGAAGAGAGCCAUGAUGCCUUACAAGAAAAUGAUGAUGAUGAUGAUAAAGACAGCGACUAAAUGCUCAAAUAUUGAGCAAAAAACCUGCAUCCAUUCAGAUCAACCAUUGUUUCUACACUAAGAUCUUGGCUUAAUUUGGAAGAAACAUGUUAAACAAUAACUGAGACAGUUUUACAGGGUUGGCCACCAUUCUUACUAAUAACAGAGGGUUUAUGCUCAUCAAGGUAUCUUCUGAAAACACAGCAUUAGCACUUAAGGUCUGAAUGUGUCCAUCAGAUGUGUGCUAAAAGUGAUACAUCCAGAAUGUCUAAAUCUCACAGAACCCUGAGUCUAAACAUUAAGGAAACUGUAAUGGUUUGCUUUCAUAUUCUCAUUAUUUAACCCAUUCUUUUUUUUUGUAACUAAGAACCUGAAGAGACGACCUGCUGCUACUGCAGCCAUACUUAGACAAACUAUUCUAGCAGCUGAGAUCAUAAAGUCCCAACGAAGUAGUAGGGUUAUUUUGAGUUUAAUUUGCUGUUAAAACUGUUUCCCAUUGAAAUCCUUUAAAAAGAAUGCAGUUUCGAAGGAUUUUGACUAGUCUCUGCCUUCUUAAGUUCAACUUUGCUUUAUUAAAACUGCUAACAAACAAAUAACCUACAAGGUCAUGUUUUAAAUCUCUAGCUUACACCAAUAAUAGAGUAGAAAUGAUGUCCAAACGCAAACAAAAUAAACCUGGAGAUCAAUUUUGUUUUCUUUAUAGACUUGGUGCUUAAGAUUUAUGGUUUCAUUAAUCUGAUUAUUGUUUUUUAGUGGUCCAGAAUAUAAAGACACAUUUUCUAUAACGGCAAAUUUUUGUGGAUGAUGAGCAGGAAAAUGAUCAGGUGGCACCAUAACAAAAAGGUUAUAAUUUUUAUUGUUUAAUAAACUCUUGACUCCACAAACAGAAACGCAUAUAUAAGGAAUUUCCUUUCUCACAUAAACUCAAACUAUUUCUUCCACUUUCUUUGCUGUUCAGCUUUUUAAAUAACCAUUUAAAGUAUCAUCUUCCUCUGAUUAAUGUAGAUCUGUUAGCACGUCAAGUUUUUGAUGAACACUCGUAUUUGUUUAGGAUUUUUCUAUAAUAUAACACUAUCCACCUUAUGAUACUUCUUUUUAAUGCUGGCAGACUUGCUCUAUUAUAAAAUGUCUAUUUCACACAUAUUGCAUUUAUUUCACAGAACACAACACAGUAAAUAUUCCGGUUUAUUUAUAUCUGACCAUAUCUUAAAAAAUGACUCCAAUUAGUGAAAAUCAAGAUCACCAUGAUCUUUAUACACUUUUUUACAAUACAUUUCUCUCUGAAUACACUCACACACAGCUAGACCAGACCUACAGUGGAUCUUCUAGUGAACAGGCUGCUUUCAACUAAAGUAGGUAUGCUUUUGUCCAACACUGACCCCUAGUGUUGAGGUUAAGUUUAAGCACUUCCUGCUCCACAUUAAAUUUAUUCAGAAAUUCUAAUAAUUUUGUUAACAGCAGCAUCUAAGGCAAGGGUGUCCAAAUCUCUUCUCUAGCACCUGAAUCAAAAGGCUGAAUUUCCUCAUCAGCCUCCAGGGAUUCAGCUCUGCAGAGGCCUUGGAACGAGGACUGGAGUUGGGCACCCCUGCACUAAGCAAUCUACAUAAAGACUGGCCGCAGAGGGGGGUUGGUCAUAUAUAUUGGUCAAAAUUUAAGCAGGAAUUUUGCUUCCAAAUAUACCAUGAAUCAUAAUCCGAAAACACUUUCCGGGUUAAAAGGAACACAGCUGUUUCUUAUGGCAUCUUGUGUAAAUAAUAUGACUCUGUCAGAGCAGAUUAUUAUUAGCUUUACCGGAACCUCUUGCUAAUUAUCACUUGCACUUAUUCUGCAUUUUGUGACCAUGCUAAACUUUAGUUUUUGCACAAUGCAUUGAAUGGAAACCAUGAUAAUUAUUAGUAAGCAGAGACUAAAAAUUCAGGCCUUUCCAUGUAUGGCUGUGUUUAGAGACCUUCACUGUUUUUAUUUCCAAACCUUUGCUGAUGAAACGCAAAAUAUAGUUUAUCUAGUUUUCUGCUUUGCUUUGUCUGUAUGUGAUUGCUGAAAACUGCAUCACAGCUUAACCACUAACGAUUUAAUGAAUAAAACCCAUUAAAUCACA